AUGGAGGAAAUCAUUGGUAGGUGGGCCAACUUGUCUCUGAAUAGCAAGGAGAGUCAUACCGUGGACUUGGUAACCCCAGACACUGAUAACACCAACAACAGGGUAUUAGUGGUGAAGUUUUUUACCAAGAGACGACCAAAUAUGGAUGCCAUAACUCGAACACUGAGGAGCAUGUGGAGAUCGGGAGGUAACUUUGAGAUCAGGGACAUUGGGGCAAACACAGUUCUACUGCUAUUUGAUGAUGAAACAGAUGUUAACCGUAAUUUAUUGCAAGGACCUUGGACUUUUGACAAGUAUUUAAUAGGGCUUUUCAAGCCUGGGGAGGAGGUAAGCGUUGAAGAUGCUAAAUUUGACAGAGCCUCUUUCUGGGUUCAAAUCCAUGGAUUACAACUGAGGUGCAUGCGAAGGGAGAACGCUGAGGCUAUAGGAAAGACACUAGGGACAGUUAAAGCCGUUGAUGUUUUUGCUACAGGGGACUGCAGGGGUAAGUGUAUCCGUGUACGUAUUAAUAUUGACAUUACUCAACCACUGUGCAGAGGUAGGAUGGUGAAUAUUGGAGGGCCUCAACCACAAUGGGUUUCCUUUCAGUGUGAGCGUAUGCUGAUUUUUUGCUAUUGGUAUGGGGUGUUGAACCAUGAUGAAAAGGAUGGUAAGCUUUGGCUCAACAGCAAGGGUCGCCCUUCGUAG